ACUCACUCGCACAUACAGUAAAAUAUGAUUAAAUACUCCGUGUGUUGGUUAUAUUGGGGCUGUUCUGUCUAUGGGUGCAGAUCAUGCUGUCGGCGACUAAUGGAGCCAUGGACAAGGAUAGCGAAGAGCUGAUGAACACGAACGACACGUCGGAGCAGGUGAUGGCGCUGGUGCCGCCAGAACUGCACAAGUACCUCAUGGUGCAUCCGAGGAAUUCUUCCGCAAACUCAACAGAAAAGUACGGCACGAAGAACGUGUCAGAUAUUCUGCGAGUCAUCCAGCGUCUAAACGAGGCACAGACUAUAUACAACGAAGACAUAUUUGGACCCGUUCAGAACGACACCAUUAUUAUAGCCAUACAAGUCCACACUCGUCUCACCUACCUCAGACACCUCAUAGUGUCGCUAGCGCAAGCGAGGGACAUAGACAAGACUUUAUUGAUCUUCUCGCAUGACUAUUAUGAUGAAGAAAUCAACAGUCUUGUGAGGAGCAUAGAUUUUACUAAGGUGAUGCAAAUAUUCUUCCCAUAUUCGGUCCAAACGCAUCCCACCGAGUUUCCUGGGAUGGACCCCAACGACUGUCCGCGGGACGCCAAGCUAGAACAAGCGCUAAAGCUGAAAUGCAACAACGCUCUGCACCCGGACCUGCACGGCCACUACCGGGAGGCGAAGUACACCCAGACGAAGCACCACUGGUGGUGGAAGGCCAACAGGAUCUUCAACCAGCUGCAGUGUACAACUGGACAUACGGGCAACGUGGUCUUCCUGGAAGAAGAUCACUACGUAGCGGAGGAUUUUAUCCAUAUGUUGAACCUUCUUAGAGUGACAGCUGACAGAACAUGUCCCCAGUGCGAGAUACUCUGCCUCGGGACAUAUCUGAAGACCUAUCAAUACCACAGCAAUAGUGACAAGAGAAAGAAACACCUUACCUUGAGCUACAUACAACAAGUGCGCGCCGUCAGCGAAGAGAGAAGGAAGCGUCAACACGAGGGACAAACAUGGAACUACCAAGUGUAUCCAAAUUUCUAUGCUAGCACCCAAAAGGUAGAAAUAACCCCAUGGCAUUCCAGUAUGCACAACAUGGGCAUGGUAUUCAAUAGGACGGUGUGGGAGAAUAUCCUGGAGCUGCACGACCAGUUCUGUGCAUACGAUGACUACAAUUGGGACUAUUCCUUGUUGCAUCUCUCCCAGAAUAGGCCGGGGAGGGAGAAGUUCAAGGUUAUACUGUGUAAGGGGCCUCGUGUCUUCCAUAUUGGAGAGUGCGGGUUCCACCAUAAGAAAUCCAAUUGCAACGCUUCUACAGUGAUAAGCAAAGUCCAGAAGCUACUGCAGGACGCCAAGUCAUACUUCUACCCUUCUAGAGUGACGGCUACCAUCAGCGCGGGGGGGGCUAAACACAACAAGAAGUUGACUAAGGGGAACGGAGGGUGGGGGGAUUUGAGAGACCAAGAACUUUGCACAAAUAUGACGCAAAUGGGACGGCAGCUGAGAAAGUAUAUAUAUUUCGCGUAACGCUACUUGUUACGGAAGUAACUUGUGUAACAGAUUACCCCGCGAAGAUACUGCACGCAUACACAUGGCGUGCACGAUGAUUUUAAAUAGGGUAUGCACAAUAAAAAUUGUACCAAAUGGAUAUCUCCCAAAGUUACACAUUAAUUCUCUUUCAUCACCCCCUAAUAUUUAUUAGUUUUAUAAACGUUGGUAGAAAGAGAAUUGGAUAAUUGACACUUUUUGUAAAUGGUCUUAAAUUUUCAUUAAAUUUUCCAUCUAAUAAAACGUCGUCGUCAUCAACCCAUAUUCGGCUCACUGCUGAGCUCGAGUCUCCUCUAAGAGGGGUUAGGCCAAUAAUCCACCACGCUGGCCCAAUGCGGAUUGGCAGACUUCACACACGCAGAGAAUUAAGAAAAUUCUCUGGUAUGCAGGUUUCCUCACGAUGUUUUCCUUCACCGAUUGAGACACGUGAUAUUUAAUUUCUUAAAAUGCACACAACUGAAAAGUUGGAGGUGCAUGCCCCGGAUUCGAACCUACACCCUCCGGAAUCGGAGGCAGAGGUCAUAUCCACUGGGCUAUCACGGCUCGUAAUUAGAUGGAAAAAAGUUAUUAUUUAAUUUAAUGGUCUGUAUUUUAUUAUUUCAUGACGUCACGUAAUCACUACAUCUUAACCAAACGGUUUAGUGUCAAAAUUAUUACUUUGACGUUCAUUGCGUUAGUACAUCAAGUUGUGACGUCACAAAAUGGACGACAACGUUUUUGACGUUUGGAAAAAAAUCAUAAAAUACAUGAUUUUUAAAUUCAGUUUUCUAUGAAAUUACUUGAUUAUGAAAUACGGCUAAAACUCACGUGAUAUUAGGUCUGAGUAUGCCCGACUAGUUUCGACCCAUACGGGGCCCUUAGUCAUGAGCUGGUUCUUGCAUCGCGGCACGAUCCAAACUGGACGUCCGAAACUAGUCGGGCAUACUCCGACCUAAUAUCACGUGACGGCCUCCGUGGCGCAGUGGUAUGCGCGGUGGAUUUACAAAAAGGAGGUCCUGGGUUCGAUCCCCGGCUGGGCAGAUUGAGAUUUUCUUAAUUUGUCCAGGUCUGGCUGGUGGGAGGCUUCGGCCGUGGCUAGUUACCACCCUACCGACAAAGACGUACCGCCAAGCGGUUUAGCGUUCCGGUACGAUGCCGUGUAGAAACCGAAAGGGGUUGUGGAUUUUCAUCCUCCUCCUAACAAGUUCCAUCUUAGACUGCAUCAUCACUUACCAUCAGGUGAGAUUGUAGUCAAGGGCUAACUUGUAAAGAAUUAACUUUUUAUUAAUUAAUCUAUACUAAUAUUAUAAAGCUGAAGAGUUUGUUUGUUUGUUUGAUUGAACGCGCUAAUCUCAGGAACUACUGGUCCGAUUAGAAAAAUUCUUUCAGUGUUAGAUAGCCCAUUUAUCGAGGAAGGCUAUAAGCUAUAUAUUAUCCCCGUACUCCUACGGGAACGGGAACCACGCGGGUGAAACCGCGCGGUGGCAGCUAGUAUUGAUAUAUUUCGGAACCUUGUUGCAAUAUACGUACUAUACGAAAUUAUUUUUAAUAUUAAAUAUAAUAUGAGUCAACUACCCUAUUGAUGUGUAACUUGUAGAGCCAGCCCCUGUAGCUGAGAGGCACGUCGAUUCUAUUUCUACGAUCGCAAACGCUUCGAAAACUAGAAAAAUGUAUGCGAAUGACAUUUGUUAGCGACAGGUCAUGUGAUCAAGAUCUGUCAUUCGCAUACAUUUUUCUAGUUUUCGAAGCGUUCGCGAUCGUAGAAAGAGAAUCGUCUUGCCAUUUGGCUAGGGGGCUGAUUCGUAAUGAGUUGAUUCAUUGAAUUAUUGUAUCUAUGAAUGGACUUCAUAGAUCAUUACGCAUGCAUAGGUAUUGAAGUUUGAAUUUACAGAUCACUUGAAGCGUGGUUUGUUACUACUAUGGUAGUUUGUAACACAACGACAUUUAAUAUAUACAUGUUACAAUGUAACACGUGUUAAAUUGUAACACAUGUCGCACUGUAACACAUGUUAGAUUGUAACACAUGUCACACUGUAACACAUGUUAGAUUGUAACACAUGUCACACUGUAACACAUGUUAAAUUGUAACACAUGUCACACUGUAACACAUGUUAGAUUGUAAAACAUGUCACACUGUAACACAUGUUAGAUUGUAACACAUGUCACACUGUAACACAUGUUAGAUUGUAACACAUGUCACACUGUAAAACAUGUUAAAUUGUAACACAUGUCACACUGUAACACAUGUUAAAUUGUAACACAUGUUAAAUUGUAACACAUGUCACACUGUAACACAUGUUAGAUUGUAACACAUGUAACACUGUAACACAUGUUAGAUUGUAACACAUGUCACACUGUAACACAUGUUAGAUUGUAACACAUGUCACACUGUAACACAUGUUAGAUUGUAACACAUGUCACACUGUAAAACAUGUUAAAUUGUAACACAUGUCACACUGUAACACAUGUUAAAUUGUAACACAUGUUAAAUUGUAACACAUGUCACACUGUAACACAUGUUAGAUUGUAACACAUGUAACACUGUAACACAUGUUAGAUUGUAACACAUGUCACACUGUAACACAUGUUAGAUUGUAACACAUGUCACACUGUAACACAUGUUAGAUUGUAACACAUGUCACACUGUAAAACAUGUUAAAUUGUAACACAUGUCACACUGUAACACAUGUUAGAUUGUAACACAUGUCACACUGUAACACAUGUUAGAUUGUAACACAUGUAACACUGUAACACAUGUUAGAUUGUAACACAUGUCACACUGUAACACAUGUUAGAUUGUAACACAUGUCACACUGUAACACAUGUUAGAUUGUAACACAUGUCACACUGUAACACAUGUUAGAUUGUAACACAUGUCACACUGUAAAACAUGUUAAAUUGUAACACAUGUCACACUGUAACACAUGUUAAAUUGUAACACAUGUCACACUGUAACACAUGUCACACUGUAUUAUGUUACAUUUUCCCGUACAGUGUGAAAUAUAAGCACAAUUUGCAAGUAACACAGCAUUGUAUCGAACUGUUUCCUAUACCAAAUGAAUACCUAAAAUAUUUGUUGAAUCAAUAUAUUAUAUGUGAUAUUUUUGACAGCUUUGAAUCUUCUUUAACCGACCUCCAAAAAAGAGGAGGUUAUACGUUCGGCUGUAUGUUUGGUUUUUUUUUCUUGUCAUUUAUGGAUCGAUUUUGAAAAUUACUUUUUGUAUAUUAUUUAUUAUGUUGCAGUCAAAACUAACUAAAAACUAACUAACUAACGUAACUUUUGAGUUUCGAAAACGAAAACAAGUAAAAAAAGACCAAAUUUUGGAAAAAUAUUUCUGGGAUUGUCUAGAAAAUGCGUUCUUAUGUUACAACAAUUUUAUAUCUAUACUAUUAUAUGACUAAACAGUCAGAAUGUCUUACAAAAUGCGUGGUACAUUAUCUCGUUCCGACGCUCAGAAAUUUUUAUUGCCUGGUAACUCAGUUAGCUACCAGUGUUCCUAGUGGAAGUUUUCAAUGUUUUCAUACUGUUACUAUCGCGUUAAAGUAAACGCGAAUUUAUAUGGAAUUGAAAUAGUUGUGUAGUAGUGCCACUAGAUGGCGCUGUUUCCAUUCCUUAGAAAUUCGCGUUUACGUUAACGCGAUAGUAACAGUAUCAAACUGCCACUAGGCCCUCUGGAUCAAUAAUUUUCGUAUUUAUUUAUUUCGUUAAUAAAAAUCUAGAAAUAUUUUGUACAAUCGAUAACUAUCCAGUUAAUUUUUCGUGAUUAGCUUCAUCUCUUUUUAAUUAACGAAAAUUCUUGAUUCUGGUAGCUAACUGGGUUACCAGCUAAUGAAACAUUCUGAGCGUCGGAACAAAAUAAUUUAUCACACAAUUCGUAAGACAUUUUGGCUGUUAAGUUGUAUAAUUCUUAAUAACGCAACAGUAAAAAAAACAGCUGGUUACUAACCAGCUGUUACUUUAAACUUUAAACUGUUUACUUACUUUAAACUGUUGUAAGUUUUUACUAACCAAAUUUUUUUUUUAAUUAAUAGUUAUACAACUUACCUUACAUAUUAUUGGUAACCCAGUGAGGUACCAGGAUAAAGAAUUUUCGCAAAUAAAAAAGUUGAGCAUCUCAUCAAGAUAAAGCUUCUCACGGAAAAUUAACUUUAUACUUGGACUAUAUAACUAUUAUAAAGCGGAAAAACCAUGUAUGUUUGUUUGUAAGGACUAAUCUCUGGAACUACUAGUCGUAUUUUAAAAAUUGGUUUGUGUUUGUAUGAAUUGUUAGUUAAAAGAGGGUAUUGUAUAGAUGAGUAUUACUAUGAAGGGGGGGGGAUACCUUGCAUGUUGUUGAGUACUUGAAUGAAUUGUUUUAAUUAGACGGUUAGUUGUUACCUAAAAAUUGCUACAACUAGUUUCAUAAAACAUUUUCGAAGCUGUUAAAAAUAUAAUUUGUACUCUACGAUAAUAAUAUACCUAAUAUAUUAUAAUAUAAUACAAUACAUUAUAAAUAUAAUACAUAAUUGUUGUUACUAUCAUACCAAAAGGUGCUUCUUUAAAUAUUACACUUAGAAUUGACUUUUUUUUUGUAAAAUCCUUAUUUUUGGUAGAUUAAACACCAUUUUGUUUGUAGUGAAUCUACUACCGAUUAUCAAAAUGUGAUAGCUAUUGUCCUCAGACCAAUUAUAGAGGGACCUGUACCAAAAUUGUCUGUCAUUUUCUGAAGAAAAUGAGCUUAGAUUUGGUAUAUACCUUAUACUAAACUAGAAGUUUUUGCCCGUUUUUUACACAAUUCAAUUACACAAAAAGGUAUUUUUACGGAGCUUUAUAACCGACGUACACGAUUACAACUAUUUAACAUCGAUACUAUAGAGACAGUUUUUAUAAUCGCAUUAGAUCGUCGAUCAUAUACUUUGACAGAAAAGUAACGUCUAGCGAGGCAGGUCUAUAAUUGGUCUGAGCUAUUGUCACAUAGUGUUUUUAAUGUUUAUUAAAUAUUUUUAUUUUAUUAUUGUCGCAUUUUAUUAGGAUUUGAUGAAAUAUUUUAAAACAAAUCCAACUAUGAGCCUUUGUUGUAUAUUAUAUAUACAUUUUAUUUAAGUUCCAAGAUAAUAUAUGAUUUAUUUUUGCCGAAUUGUAUAAUUUGUAUAUCAUGAGAUUUUGACAUCUCAUAUACAGGAUGCUGGGAAGUAUCCCAUAACUAAGGGUUAUAUUUUAUACCGAAAAUUAAUUUUGACGGCCUCCGUGGCGCAGUGGUAUGCGCGGUGGAUUUACAAAACGGAGGUCCUGGGUUCGAUUCCCGGCUGGGCCGAUUGAGAUUUUCUUAAUUGGUCCAGGUCUGGCUGGUAGAAGGCUUCGGUUGUGGCUAGUUACCACCCUACCGACAAAGACGUACCGCCAAGCGAUUUAGCGUUCCGGUACGAUGUCGUGUAGAAACCGAAAAGGGGUGUGGAUUUUCAUCCUCCUCCUAACAAGUUAGUCCGCUUCCAUCUUAGAUUGCAUCAUCACUUACCAUCAGGUGAGAUUGUACUCAAGGGCUAACCUGUAAAGAAUAAAAAAAAAUGCUCAAAGAACGUGUGUUCUAAAAUUAAUAUUUUCGGGAAAAAUAAAUAAUAUUGCUUUUGUAAAUACUUCCUUAUAAUUUUGACAUAGCCCAAAAAAUUAGUUAUGCAGUUGGGCUCCUGUAAGUGGACUCGUCAACACCUUGAAGUUAUGGGAAAUACUCCUGAGCAUCCUGUAUAUAAAUUAUUUUUACCUGCCAUGCCAACACAUUCAUACGUCUCUGCCUAUACUCUGUCUUUAGUGUCUUUGAAACUCAGACGAAUUAUAUAGGGACCUGCCUUGCUAGACAUUGCCAAAAGUCAUUCGCACAGAAGGGCUAACACUUUUUGAAAAAUAUAUGAAAACAAUGUAUGAAUCUGUUGGUACAGGUAAAAACAAUUUUCACAUAAAAAUGAUUUGAUUUAUUUUUUUGUUUACAAAGUACAGACACUAGAUUAAAAAAAAAUACUGUAUUUAUAAAUAAUAACGUACUUGAAUAUAAUAUUGUGAUUUGUAUGGAAUUUGUGUGAGAGAUUUUAAAUUUUUUUUUUUUUUGAUAAAACGCUAUAAGCAUUAUAUACCUGAUGUAAUAUUAAUUGCUUAUUUUAUUGUAUUAUCACGUCGAUCUCCUAUUAAAAAGUGGAUGCACAAUCAGCGACCAAAAAACGUCCCCACUCAAUGAGUGCCAAGCAACUUCUUGGCACUCAAUUCAAGUAAUCGCAUUUGCAAAUUCAACCUUACACUCAAUACUUAAGGUUGAUUUUGCUCUGAAUUUGGGAUUUUAUUGAAUAUUAUGUACAUAUAGACUAUAUAUUUUAUUUUUACACUCCCUGAACACAACUCGACAUUGUAGACAAUAUUUAGGUAUUAUUUGGUUAUAUAACUUUCGUUGUUUUCAAUGCGACUAAAUAUAAUUAAGACAAUUAGCCACUUUUGUUCGCCUCAGUUUUAACGAGGUAGUGUAUCUAUUAUAAAGCUGAAGAGUUUGUUUGAACGCGCUUAUCUCUGGAACUACUGGUCCGAUUUGAAAAAUUAUUUCAGUGUUAGAUAGCCCAUUUAUCGAGGAAGGCUAUAGGCUUAUUUUAUCCCAGUAUUCUUACGGGAACGGGAACUACGCGGUUGAAACCGCUUCAGCUAGUAUAUUAUAAAAUCUUUGGUUUGAUUGUGUAUGGAUUAGUAACUUUUAAUUUUACAUCAGGUGUGGAUAAAUGUAAGAUAAAAUGCUUUAAAUGAUCAUCAGCGUACAAUGUCCACCGUCAAAUUAUUAUUUUGUUACGAAUAAAGAUUCAUUUUCAAAUUCA